GCGCCGGGAGGACGCAGGGCCGCCCUGCAGGGGCUGGAGGGACGCACGGGCGGGCAGUCGCCCGCGGAAAGCGGCGCAGGCUCGGGCGCCUCCCCGGCGGAGGCAGCCAGCUCUCGCCAGCAGCGCGGAAGGGGCGGGGGCGCAGAGGCCCUCCCCUUGCCCCGCCUCCCGGUCAGCGCCCUUGGCCGCGGGCGCGUUGUUGGUUUCGGGUUGUCAGGCAGCGGCAGCGGCAGCGGCGCAGGGAGCCUGCGAGGGACCGGGCGGCGGUGGGGGUGCGGCUCGGCCAUGCCCGCUGUCGCGGCCUGAGCCCCUCCACCCGCCGCAAGCAUGAAGGACAGCAGGGACUCCAAGGACCAGCAACUCAUGGUGGCGCUCCGGGUCCGGCCCAUCAGCGUGGCAGAGCUGGAGGAAGGAGCCACCCUCAUCGCCCAUAAAGUGGAUGAGCAGAUGGUGGUUCUCAUGGACCCAAUGGAGGACCCCGAUGAUAUCCUUCGAGCACACCGUUCCCGGGAGAAGUCCUACCUGUUUGACGUGGCCUUUGACUUCACCGCCACCCAGGAGAUGGUGUAUCAGGCCACCACCAAGAGCCUCAUCGAAGGCGUCAUCUCAGGCUAUAACGCCACUGUCUUUGCUUACGGCCCCACAGGCUGUGGGAAAACCUACACUAUGCUGGGCACGGACCGUGAGCCUGGCAUCUACGUUCGGACCCUCAAUGACCUCUUCCGUGCCAUUGAGGAGACCAGCAAUGACAUGGAAUAUGAGGUGUCCAUGUCCUACCUGGAGAUCUACAAUGAGAUGAUCCGGGACCUGCUGAACCCCGCCCUGGGGUACCUAGAGCUGAGGGAGGACUCCAAAGGGGUGAUCCAGGUGGCUGGAAUCACUGAGGUCUCCACCAUCAAUGCCAAAGAGAUCAUGCAGCUGCUGAUGAAGGGGAACCGGCAGAGGACCCAGGAGCCCACGGCGGCCAACCAGACGUCCUCCCGCUCCCACGCCGUGCUCCAGGUGGCCGUGCGCCAGCGCAGCCGGGUCAAAAACGUCCUGCAGGAAGUGCGGCAGGGCCGCCUGUUCAUGGUUGACCUGGCUGGCUCUGAGCGUGCCUCCCAGACACAGAACCGUGGGCAGCGCAUGAAGGAGGGGGCCCACAUCAACCGCUCCCUGCUGGCCCUGGGCAACUGCAUCAACGCGCUGAGCGACAAGAGCAGCAACAAGUACAUCAAUUACCGCGACAGCAAGCUCACGCGGCUCCUGAAGGAUUCCCUGGGCGGGAACAGCCGCACCGUGAUGAUCGCCCACAUCAGUCCCGCGAGCAGCGCCUUUGAGGAGUCCCGGAACACCCUGACCUACGCUGGCCGGGCCAAGAACAUCAAGACCAGGGUGAAACAGAAUCUGCUCAACGUCUCCUACCACAUCGCCCAGUACACCAGCAUCAUCGCGGACCUGCGGGGCGAGAUCCAGAGGCUCAAGUGCAAGAUCGAUGAGCAGGGUGGGCGGGGCCAGGCCCGGGGCCGGCCGGAGCGGGGUGACAUCCGCCACAUCCAAGCCGAGGUCCAGCUUCACAGUGAGCAGGGCGAGCAGGCCGAGAUGGGACAGCUGCGGGAGCAGCUCAUCAGCGCCUUCCAGGAGCAGAUGGACGUUCGGAGGCAGCUGCUGGAGCUGGAGAACCACGCCAUGGAGGUCCAGAUCGACACCUCCCGCCACCUGCUCACCAUUGCCGGCUGGGAGCACGAGAAGUCACGCAGGGCGCUCAAAUGGCGGGAGGAGCAGCGGAAGGAAUCCUGCACCAAGGACGACAGCGAGAAGGACUCAGACACGGGCGAUGACCAGCCAGACACCCUGGAGCCCCCGGAAGUGGCCUCGGCCCGGGAGAGCAUUGCUGCCCUGGUGGGCGAGCAGAAGAAGCUGCGGAAGCAGAAGCUGGCGCUGGAGCAGCGCUGCCGCGAGCUGCGGACACGGGGCCGGCGCCUGGAGGAGACGCUGCCGCGGCGCAUCGGCUCCGAGGAGCAGCGCGAGGUGCUCAGCCUGCUGUGCCGCGUGCACGAGCUGGAGGUGGAGAACACGGAGAUGCAGUCGCACGCGCUGCUCCGGGACGGCGCGCUCCGCCACCGCCGCGAGGCCGUGCGCCGCCUGGAGCAGCACCGCAGCCUCUGCGACGAGAUCAUCCAAGGCCAGCGGCAGAUCAUCGACGACUACAACCUGGCCGUCCCGCAACGCCUGGAGGACCUAUAUGAAGUGUACCUGCGGGAGCUGGAGGAGGGCAGCCUGGAGCGGGCCACCAUCAUGGACCGGGUGGCCUCUAGGGCCCUGCAGGACAGCUCCUUGCCCAGAAUUGCCCCAGCAGGAACCGCGCUGACUCCGGAGUCUGACCCGGAGAGUGUGAAGACGCUGAGCUCUGAGGUCCAGCGCCUGCAGAACAGCAUCCUCCCGCCCCUCAGCACGGAGAGUGAAGCCAACCGCGUGUUCAAAGCCAGUCCCCGGGCCUGGCACGUGAAGAGCUCCUCUGUGCCCACCCCACCCCCCAUCCAGAUCGGCGGCCUGGUGACCCAGGAGGUGCCCCCUGAGGAUGGCCCGGUCAGCCUGAGCAGCCGGAUCAACUCUUCCCCCGACAGCAGUGAGAACCUAUCAGAGAUCCCCUUGUCCUACAAAGAGAAGAAGGAGAUCCUGACGGGCACCAAGUGCAUCUCAGUGAAGGCGGCCAGGCGGCGCUCGCGGGCUUUGGGCGCUGAGGGGCGCCACCUGCUGGCACCUGCGAUGGAGUGCAGCAGCCUGUCUCUGCCCUCACUGAGUGAGGGCGAUUCGCAGCCCCCGGGCCCUCUGGCCUGCAAGCGGCCACCCAGCCCCACGCUGCAGCACGCUGCCAGUGAGGACAACCUGUCUAGCAGCACAGGCGAGGCCCCAUCCCAGGCAGUCGGGCCUGUCCGCGACGGCCCCGGGCCCUGGAUGCGUGGCCAGAAGAAAAGCCCGGGCAAGAGACGGGAGGAGUCCCUGGAGGCCAAGAAGAGGAAACGGAGGUCCCGGUCCUUUGAGGUCACGGGGCAAGGGCUCUCCCGCCCCAAGACACACCUCCUGGGGCCCCGUCCCACAGAGAGCAUCUCGGACCACAGGGUGCCCGUGUGUGGACACCCAGCACCUGGUAUCCGGCAUCUGGGAAAGGUCACGCUGCCUUUGGCCAAGGUCAAACUCCCUCCAAGCCAGAGCACGGGCCCUGGGGACUCCUCACCUCUCGCUGUUCCCUCCAACCCAGCUGGUAUUUCCCGACGGGCUGCCCGUGGGCCCCGCCUGCCUCAUGGCGCAAGCACCCAUGGCAAAGACGGACGCUUCCGGCAUACCUGAGGGGACUGGAACCUGCCCUCCUGCCCCCAAAGCUGGAUGGGGUGUAGCAGAAAAUAGGAGGUGGAGGCUGGGCGGAUGGGGGUGACCUGCGAACAGGAGCUCAGGAUCUCAGAAGGCUGGGGCUCCUGAGGCCCAGGAAUCAUGAGGGUGCCCGCCCAACACCUCCAUGCUUUCGGUGCCACUGGGGAAGGGAGGUGAGCCCAGGAAGCAUGGCCAGGAUGACAGGACUUCCUGGCCUCCCUGCCCUGAAUAGAACCCCGUUGCCAAAACCCUGUAGAGACGUGCGGCCAGACUCGGCCUUGGACGUGGAAGGGUGGUGAGGUGAAGGGAGCUGUUAGUGGGACAGGGACCCUGGGCCCGAGUCUGGGGCAAGGCCAUCCUGGAUGGUUGGGGAGGUCACUUCAGUCACUUCACAUACUAUGGUUGGGGCAGAGGAGGAUAUCUGGUUUUGUUA